AUGAACUCUAUUGGGUUUCAGAAAUAUGUGGAGGAGAUGAAUCGACAGUCGCUUGACAAAAAGCCAGAACACCAGGGCAGCGUCAUAGAUACAUCUCCCCGCAUUAUCGGUGGGCUGGCGAGGAGUCGUUGGGCUCAUUCAGCGCACAACAACCCACAAGAUGGCCGCGUUAGACAGUCGCCAGCCGCCUCACUCACGCUUUUCCAGAGCAACGCCAACGUCUCACACCCAAAGGAGCCAAUCUACACUCAGCCUAGUGGAUGGGACGACCCAGAAUCUACUGCGAGCCAAAUCGAAGAACAGAGUGGCCAGCAUUUGAAGCUCGAGACGUUCGUGCUGACUUCUGGAGAAGAGUCUCACGAUACCCAGAAGAAUGGCGUAUCUCUCACUGACGUUGUCCCUGAUCCACGGGCACAUUGGCCAACUGAGACAGGCUUCGCCAAUAAAACCAGCCAAAGCGUCGCAAGUCAGUUUCAGGAAUGGGACCGGCGAUCUCAGAAGAAGUCUUCAGAUGACAUUUCCUCCCUUACGCAGGAAGAGAAAGCCGUUCCGCAAUACGUCUUUGAUUUCAUCGAUGUUUGGAGGCGACGUGCCCAUGUUGUGAAAGCAGACUUUCUCUCCCAGGGCGGAGAUCUCCAUGAGGACUGCGACGUAGAUACAUAUGGAGGUGUUCUAAUGGAGCCUGUGGAGCAUCCAGUAACAAAAAUGCACGAAUUGAUAUCACGUGAUCAGCUGGAAAUGACUUCUGGCCUGCUCAUGAGACAGUACGUAGCUGCAGUGGCACGCAAAGAUCCUCACAGAAGAGCGCAACGAAAGGCAGAGAAGCAAGCAAGAGCUGCCGCUGAGGCUGCAGCGGCUGCAGAACCGGAAAUUGUAGCUGAGCCACUCCCAAAUCAGAAUGAGGUUCAGAUUCCAUGCCAUCUUCGUCCUGCAGUCGAAUCAGAUAUGGAGGCUGUUGCAGCCAUCUAUAACCAAGAGAUAUUGGAUGGAUAUAGAAUGAUGGAUACAAAGCCGGUUAUGGAAAACGACUUUCGGAGAAUCUAUGGUCAAUGUCUCACUGAGAAAAUGCCUUUCGUAGUUGCCGUUGAAGGCUGGCAUGGGACCAUGGAUACAGAUCACGCGAGAGUCUUAGGGUUCGCUCUUGUCACUGCGGUGAGCCGAGGUAUCGCAGGAUCUUACGAUACACUCUCCAGACGUGGUGGCAAAUUAUUAAUCAUUGUCAGACCGGAAUGCCGUCGCAAAAGAAUUGGGACGGCCCUGAUUGAUAUCAUUAUAACCAAUUGCACAGGUUGGCACAUGUCGAAAGGUGGUUAUCAGUUCGUCAAUUUCACUCACGACUGGAUUUCGAGUGAAUUUGGAACCAAUCCUCGCAAGUGGUGGUACCUUGAGUUGGAGGUAAUGAUACGUUCUGCCGAGAAUGAAGUAAAGGCACGAGAAGGUGAGGAGUUUCAGUGGAUCUGGAACUUCCUCGAAGCCGAGUUCAACUUGCUUCUGAAGCAUUAUGAUGAGAAAUGUUUCUAUCAUGAGCAAAAGAUGCAAUGGCUUGACAAGAUUACCUUUCGCCGUGACUGCCGCACGCGUGGAGAGUGAUGUGGUCAUGUUAUUUAUGACCAACUUGUUAAGUUUUGACCGGUUGGAUUGAACAGCGUGAGCAUUUGGCGCAUGGAUUUCAUUUCAUGGCAAUAAACCUUUUGUUAAUCAGCCUGCAUUUGAAGCUAAUAUCUGCCAAAUGAUAUGGUGUUCAAGAUGCCUCAAAAAAGGACGAGAUCAAAAGCGGGAGAUGUAGAGACUGAAGAACCG